CUUAUUAUUAUUAAAACCUUGGCAAGAAUGCAAUGUUUUAUACAUUUACAUAACACUUGCAAUCACACAAAAGUCAUGACAGUGAUUAAGAGGGUGGAUUCUGGGCCAGGUGCGGUGGCUCACACCUGUAAUCCCAGCACUUUGGGAGGCCGAGACAGGCGGAUCACGAGGUUAGGAGAUUGAGACUAUCCUGGCUAACACGGUGAAAACCCGUCUCUAUUUAAAAAAAAUGCAAAAAAAAUUAGCCGGGCGUGGUGGCGGGCGCCUGUAGUCCCAGCUGCUUGGGAGGCUGAGGCAGGGGAAUGGCGUGAACCUGGGAGGCGGAGCUUGCAGUGAUCGCGCCACUGCAUUCCAGUCUGGGCGACAGAGUGAGACUCCGUCUCAAAAAAAAAAAAAAAUAGAGAGUGGAUUCUGGAGGCAGACUGCGAGUGUCUAAAAAUCUCAACUCUGCCACUUCCUAGUUAGCAGUGUGCCUUGGGCAAGUAACUUAAUGUCUUUGCAUAUCAAUUCACUCAUCUAUAAAACGGAAAUGGUAAUAAUAGCACAUCUCUAAUAAGAUCGUUAUGAUCACUAAAUGUAAAAAUUUGUAAGGUACUUAGAAAAGUCCUGGCAUGUAGUGAAAACAUAGGUAGGUAUAUUAGUCUGUUCUCACAUUGCUAUAAAGAACUACCUGCGACUGGGUAAUUUACAAAAAAAGCAGGUUUAAUUGGCUCAUGGUUCUGCAGGCUGUACAGGAAGUAUGGCUGGGGAGGCCACAGGAAACUUACAAACAUGGUGGAAGGCAAAGGGGAAGCAGGCACAUCCUACAUGGCUGGAGCAGGAGGAAGAGAGCAAAGGGGGAAGUGCUACACACUUUUAAACAACCAGAUCUCGUGAUAACUCACUCAGAACAGCAAGGGGGAAAUCCACCCCCAUGAUCCAAUCACCUCCCACCAGCCCCCUCCUCCAACACUGGGGAUUACAAUUCUACAUGAUAUUUGGGUGGGGACACAAAUCCAAACCAUAUCAGUAGGUGACAAAUUUUUUAAGAUCAACUUUAGGUAAUAGGAUUAAUAAGUAGUUUCCCUCCCAUCUUUUAAAUUUAAAACGUGUUUCUUGAUAAUUGAGAAAAAAAGUAAAAGCUAAACUUUUACUAAAACACUUAAAUAAAAAUCUAUAUUUUUUUCUUCUUUUGAGCUAGUUUCUAAAUCUCCAACUUCUUCCCUUUUCUGCUUCUCCUGUGCCCAAUAUUAGACGUAACAUAUCUAUGAGUAAUCCUGAGGUCCUGAUUACUCUUCAGCUUCUGGCAUUAUUAUUUUAUUAUUGGGGUGAAAUACCUGUAAUGAAAUUUACCAUUUUACCCAUUUUUUAGGUGUACAAUUCACUGGCAUUAAGUACAUUCACAAUGUUGUGCAAACAUCACCACUAUCUAUUUCCAGAACUUCAUCAUCCCAAACAGAAACUCUGCACCCAUUAAACAGUAACUCCCCAGUCUCCCUUACCCCCAGCCCUAGUAACCUCUAUUCUACUUUCUGUCCUUAUGAAUUCACCUAUUCUAGGUACCUCAUAUGAGUGGAAUCAUACAAUAUAUGCUCCUUUGUGUUUGGCUUAUUCACUUAGCAAAAUGUUUUCAAGGUUCAUCCAUGUUGUAGCUUGUAUCACAAUUUCAUUUCUUUUUAUGGCAGGAUAAUAUUUCCUUAUAUGUAUAUAUCACACACAUUUUGUUCAUCCAUUCAUCUGUUGGAUACUAGGAUUGUAUCCACUUUUUGGCUAUUGUAAAUAAUGCUUGCUUUGAACACUGGCAUCUGUUGGAGUCUCUGCUUUCAAUACUUAUGGGAUAUACCUAGCAGUGAAAUUGCUGGAUUAUAAGGUAAUUAAUUGUAUGUUUAACUUUUUAGGAACUGACAAACUUUUUCACAGAGCUACAUCAUUUUACAUUCCCACCAGUAUCCAGCAUUAGUUUUAAACAUGGCAGGCUUUUAAAAUAAAUCAAGCCUAAACUGGUAAUAUGUAGCAAAACUAAGAGUCCUGCAACAGUUUGCUGACAAGUUGCUGGUAUCAACACUCUUAACAUAUCAUCUCCUAGACUAAUGCAGUGUUUCUCAACAUAGACAGCUGAGACUCCCAUAGUAAUCAUCUAUGGAGCUUGUUACAUCAGAAGGGCCCUGGAUCCCACCUUGUAUAUGUUGAUUCAGCAUCUCUGGAAAUGGAGCCCCCAAAUCAACAUUACAAAUGCUAAAGCAUGAGACUCAUCAACCCUAGAUUGCUGAGUUCUUGAAGGUAGGAGAAAUAUCUUAGUCAUCAUUGUGUCCCUCAAGGCCAAACAUACAACAGAUAUUUAACAUACAACAGAUAUUUAACAAGUGUAUACUUAAAUUAACUAAUACUGUAAUCUAAAGCCUACCUGUUUAGUUGUUAAGUACCAUAUUCAAUAAAAUUAAACUCAAUCACUAGACAACUAGGGAAUCUGUAAUUAAGGUGUGUAGCAUACCUUUCAUUUGCAUAAAACACAUAUCUUACCAGCUGUGUUCUAUCAUGCCCUUUGAUGUUGCUAAGGAUCUUUACACUAUAUGUAAUUUUCAGCUCAGAACAUCACGCUUUGAGGCAGGGUUAAAAAAAAAAAAAGGAUAUGGACUUGGAAUUAGAAGAACUGUCUCUGUGUGACCUCUAAGACCAAUAUCUAGGAAUCAAGUUUAUAACUUGGAAACAUUGAAAACAUUUUGUAAUUCUACCAACUUCAUUGUUUGGCUGAAGCACAAAUGAUACUAUGUGUAACAAAGCCUGCUGUAGAAACGUGGUCUCACAAAAAAACAAACAAAAAAAACCAUGUUUCCAAGUCUUCCUACAGACUUUAAGUAUCCAGCUGUGUAAGUUUAGUGCUCUAAGGUAUACGCAAAUGAGCAGAUGAGAAUGGAAACAUAUCGCAGAAAAUUAUUAAGUGCAUGCACAACAUUUAUUUAUUCAUCCACUCAUUCAUUCAUCACGCACAUCCAGCAUCUAUAUCAAUAUCCCGCAGGGCACUGUGUGGAAAACAGUGGUUAAAUAAAUUCAAAUCUGCCCUCAGGGGAUUUAGUUCCUUUUAGUAUAUUAAUAACUAGCAAGCGGCCCCUCUUCAUGUCAAAGCUUUACGUCAACAAAAUAAGCGGUAGGGGAUCACCUUAAACGUCACGGGUGCUGUCUCUUUAAAACGUAAUAGAACUCUGAUUGCAUCGAUCACAGGCUCACAACGCCCUUCCAUUCAUCGCUCUUAUUCCCGUCCUGGUUACUACCCCACUUCCUGACAUCAAACCAGGGAGAACGCGAGUGUUAGUUAACAUGGCUUGGUGUGUGGCCACAGCUGACCCGGCGCAUACCUCCCGUCCUCUCUUUACAGGGCUGGCGGUGUCUCUGGGUUCGGCUGGCCAUGCCUGGAGCGCGGGGUUUGACUGGGCCGCCGUUGUUGUAGUGACCGGGAGGCGCUGCCGCUCUGGGCAGACGGUUCCGGGAGCCGCACGGUCCCCUCUCCUUCCCCAUCCCCUCCCCUCCCCUCUCCGGGUUCCCCCACCCACAGGAGCCUUGGGCCGACCACUCCCCCGAUGGCCUCAGCCACGGAGGACCCCGUUCUGGAGCGUUAUUUCAAAGGCCACAAAGCUGCGAUCACCUCCUUGGACCUCAGCCCCAACGGCAAGCAACUUGCUCUUGGUCUCCACUUUUCAUGCCUCCGCAGGAGCCGGCCGUGCCAGGGAGCUGGGGUCAAGAAGGCUCUCAGACCUCCAGAAAAAUACGGAGGAUUUGUCUCGACCGCUUUAUAAGAAGCCCCCUGCAGAUUCCCAUGCACUUGGGGAGUGGGGGAAAGCCAGCAAACUCCAGCUCAACGAGGAUGAACUGAAGCAGCAAGAAGAACUCAUUGAGAGAUACGCCAUCAAUAUUUACCUCAGUGACAGGAUUUCCUUGCAUCGACACAUAGAGGAUAAAAGAAUGUAUGAGUGUAAGUCCCAGAAGUUCAACUAUAGGACACUUCCUACCACCUCUGUUAUCAUUGCUUUCUAUAACGAAGCCUGGUCGACUUUGCUCCGUACCAUUCACAGUGUUUUAGAAACUUCUCCUGCAGUUCUUUUGAAAGAGAUCAUCUUGGUGGAUGACUUGAGUGACAGAGUUUAUUUGAAGACACAACUUGAAACUUACAUCAGCAAUCUUGAUAGAGUACGCUUGAUUAGGACCAAUAAGCGAGAGGGGCUGGUUAGGGCCCGUCUGAUUGGGGCCACUUUUGCCACUGGGGACGUCCUCACUUUCCUGGAUUGUCAUUGUGAGUGUAAUUCCGGUUGGCUGGAACCGCUUUUGGAAAGGAUUGGGAGAGAUGAAACAGCAGUUGUGUGUCCUGUUAUAGACACAAUUGAUUGGAAUACUUUUGAAUUCUAUAUGCAGACAGGGGAGCCCAUGAUUGGUGGGUUUGACUGGCGUUUAACAUUUCAGUGGCAUUCUGUCCCCAAACAGGAAAGGGACAGGCGGAUAUCAAGAAUUGACCCCAUCAGAUCACCUACCAUGGCUGGAGGACUGUUUGCUGUCAGCAAGAAAUAUUUUCAGUACCUUGGAACGUAUGACACAGGAAUGGAAGUGUGGGGAGGUGAAAACCUUGAGCUGUCUUUUAGGGUGUGGCAGUGUGGUGGCAAAUUGGAGAUCCACCCGUGUUCCCACGUGGGCCAUGUGUUCCCCAAGCGGGCACCAUAUGCUCGCCCCAAUUUCCUACGGAAUACUGCUCGGGCAGCAGAAGUUUGGAUGGAUGAGUACAAAGAGCACUUCUACAAUAGAAACCCUCCAGCAAGAAAAGAAGCUUAUGGUGACAUUUCUGAAAGAAAAUUACUACGAGAGCGGCUGAGAUGCAAGAGCUUUGACUGGUAUUUGAAAAACGUUUUUCCUAAUUUACAUGUUCCAGAGGAUAGACCAGGCUGGCAUGGGGCUAUUCGCAGUAGAGGGAUCUCAUCUGAAUGUUUAGAUUAUAAUUCUCCUGACAACAACCCCACAGGUGCUAACCUUUCACUGUUUGGAUGCCAUGGUCAAGGAGGCAAUCAAUUCUUUGAAUAUACUUCAAACAAAGAAAUAAGGUUUAAUUCUGUGACAGAGUUAUGUGCAGAGGUACCUGAGCAAAAAAAUUAUGUAGGAAUGCAAAAUUGUCCCAAAGAUGGGUUCCCUGUACCAGCAAACAUUAUUUGGCAUUUUAAAGAAGAUGGAACUAUUUUUCACCCACACUCAGGACUGUGUCUUAGUGCUUAUCGGACACCGGAGGGCCGACCUGAUGUACAAAUGAGAACUUGUGAUGCUCUAGAUAAAAAUCAAAUUUGGAGUUUUGAGAAAUAGAGCACAACAGCACUUUCAUCAUGAGCUGACAGUAGUGUCAAGAAAGUCAAAGAGCCUUAAGAGCCUCAGUGAAGAUUGUAUUUUAUUUUAUCAAAAGUCACCUAGGAGUCAUCUGUGGAGCACUGGAAAGCUGGGGUUCAUUUUGGUAUAUCACACUGAAACUGGGUACCCAGAGUGCUGCUGUUUAAUAUUUCACAAUGCCUUACUUAUUGGUUGUUUUAUAUAAGAGUUUUGUCAAUAUGGUCUCUUCUUAAAAGAAGUUGACUAUGAAUUGAAACACACAAAACAUUUAAGUGCCAGACUUAAUAUUAAAGAAUGUAAAGGUCCAAGUAAAAUGAGGUAUGAUUUAUGUUGAUGGGUAAGUUCACCACACAUCCCAUUUUUUAACAAAACUCAUGAAUGUGCAGUUUGAGCCAUUCCUAUUUUGAUUACGUAGAAUUUGUAUUUCUUUUUUAGCCAGCACAUUAAAUUUUAGAUUUUAUUUUUUAAUCUAAUUUUUUUUUCUAAUCAAAAAGAAAAUUGAGCUUAAGGCAAAAGGCCUGGUUUUAGAGAUAUGUGUAAUUGGAAGAGGGCAUUUGUUUGAGUGUGAGUUUGGAGGCCUUUUUAACAUGCAGACAUACCCAUAUCUAAAUGAAAUGGGGAGAUAUUUACAUUCCCUACUUUGUAAACUUGAGCUAUUGGACUUGACUGGUGUAUAUAUUAAUACCUCAGAUUCCUCUGAUUUUGUAAGCUGUCUUCUCUGUGAACGUGUUUGUGUGUGUAGGGCAUUUUCUGAUUGCACUUCCUUAAGUUAUGAAUGUACUAGAAAGGGACUCAUUCAGAAUACUAUGCCUCCCUUUGUUAAUGCUUAUAAUCAUUUAAAGUAAACACGAUUGAGGCCUCUCUGAAGUUAAACCCAACUAUGUUUAUUAAAAUGUGUGAAACUGAAAGUGGGCUAGGUUCUACCAAGGCUGUGGAACUCUCCUACGAGUUCUGCUGAUCAGGAAAUUUAAGAAUUUAUCUUAAAAAUGCAAGGAAAAAAGACUGCCUUGGCAAUUGUGAAUGCUGCUUUCCAUCUCCUAGCACCGAGCCUGGCACUUAGGCAGCUUUCAGUAAGUGGGUGAAUGAAUGACUGAAUGAAUGAAUGAAUGGCUCAGCUGAGGAAUGUAACUUUGGUCAAGUUAUUAUGAUGUGUUUGGGCUUAGUUUUCUCAUUGGUAAAAUGUGGGUGCUGGAUUGGAUCUUAAAGAUCCCUUCCAGCUCUGAAAUGCUGAUUAUACAGUAUAUUCUUCCCAGAUUGACUCACUGUGCAAUCUUUACAAUACUUUUUAUCUUUUCACUUUUGACAUAGGUAAUGUUGUUGAGCAGUUGAGCAAUGUUCAGUCCAGUUGUGAAGCUGGAGAAGAGAAAUGGGUUUUAAAAAUUAAGUGAGGGGAGGCCGGGUGCGGUGGCUCACGCCUGUAAUCCCAGCACUUUGGGAGGCCGAGGCAGGUGGAUCACGAGGUCAGGAGAUCCAGACCAUCCUGGCUAACAUGGUGAAACCUCCUCUCUACUAAAAAUACAAAAAAUUAGCCAGGUGUGGUGGCGGGCGCCUGUAGUCCCAGCUACUCAGGAGGCUGAGGCAGGAGAAUGGCGUGAACCUGUGAGGCAGAGCUUACAGUGAGCCGAGAUCGUGCCACUGCCCUCCAGCCUGGGCGACAGAGCAAGACUCCGUCUCAAAAAAAAAAAAAAAAGUGAGCUGAACUCACCUGAAGUGGUUUACUUCUGUGGGUUAAGAAGUUCUAGUCAGUGUUCAUAGUCAUUUCGUUUUGAUAAUUGUUGAACCAAUUUUGUUUUUAAAACCUUUAGACUCUAAAAGUAAUAUUUUGACUAAGAAUAUAAAUAUUUCCAAAACUAAAUUACUCGGGAAGUAAACGCUUUUUUUAAAAGUAUUUUUACUGGUUUUAUACCAAUAUUAUAUGCAGAAAUCACAGGAUGAAUUUAGAAUUAAAUCUCAAUUAGUUCACUUUGGCCUAGAUUUAUGAAAAAUGCAUGCCUCGUAAAGAGUCCACUGUAUUCACGAGUAAAGUUGCUUUUUAGUGUUCACUUGAUGACUUGGAGAGUAGGAAUUUUGCAAAAUCUGAAUUUAAGGAAAUUCUUUAGGAUAACCGUUUCAAAAAAUAAAAUUGCUAUGCAAUGUUGAAUAUUUUCUCUUUUGCCUCGUAAAAUGAAAAUGCAUUCACAGUUUCUGUAAAUUAUUUAGCAACCUUAAAGUUUAUCAAAAAAUUGUCCAGAUUCCACGUGCAGCAUGCUUGGCCCUGCAUUUAAUUUAAGAAGGAUUAAUAAUAAUGCUCUGAAUUUUUCAGAAGGGAUUCUCCUAAACCCACCCACUUCUCUUGCCCAGGCUGCUUUUUAAAAAUAUUUUUUUAUUUUUUACUUAUUUUUAAAUUUUCUCUUUUUAUUUAUUUUUGGUUUUCUUGUUAGCCCCCUAUUAUAUGGGAGAACGAAAAUUGUUAUAUUUUGAAAGUACUUAUUACAUUAUUUUUAUUUUAGUAUCUUGAUGCUCCUGUCAAAAGGGAAAUGAGGCUUUUAAAAAUAAAGUACCUUAAUUCUUUAUUGACUUUUUGCCCUAAAUUGCUAGGUGUGACCCAGCAAUCUUUUAGGAAGAGAUUUUACAGUGGUGCUUUAUUUAUAUCAAUAAUCCAGUAUAGUUAGGCUGUUCAUUCCUCAUAAUAGAGUACAUAACAGAGAAGCGGGACUUUCACAUUUUCAUAUUUAGGCACGUUCCAAUUUAAUUCCAAAAAUACUCUGUAAUUCUACAUCUAAAAAAACCGAUUCCCUAAUUCAAAUUUAUUGGUACCAAAGCUCUCUUUGGCUGUAGACAAUUAAGAGUUGACCUUUUAAGUUAAUGUAUAUGCUUAAAAACAGUUUUAGGAAAAUAUUUGGUAGACAAAGAGUUUCAACUUUAAAUGUUCACUAUGUCAUUUGGUGUCCAACUUUACGGAUAGCUUGACUAUCUAAAUAGGCAUUUUUAGUCAUUAAAAAAAAUCUAGUCACCAGGAGGAUCCCUAUAACUCAAAAUAACUUGUUUGUAAAAGAAAAUUUGUUUACUUACCCAUUAGUAAGUUCCUGCAUAUUCAUUAUAAGAUGGCAAAUCAAACUUUUCUAGGGUGAAGACAGCUUAUUUUUAAGUUGUAUAGUCUUAGUUGGUUUAGGGUCUCAAUUUUAAUUAAUAAAAUACUUGGUUUUUAUUUGCUUGUCCUUUUGAAUUCCUGUUUUAAUAAUUUUAAAAUGAGCACAAAGAAUGUUGAAGUUCAGAUUAAUCUCUUCUGAAUGAUGUUUUUUUCCUCUGUGAUGAGUUGUUUCUGACUUUUUUCCUUUUGUAUUUGUAAUGUUGAUUAAGAUGUAAAAUAAAAAGUGUGCCUGAUUAUUUUUGCAAA